GAUAUGCGCGACUAACAUCCGGCGGAAGUAAACAAGCCUCGGCUGACGUGGAGCUGCAGACUUGUGACCAAACAGCCAGAGAAACCGGACCUACUGGAACCGAAUCGGCUGGUUUUAGGGGAACAUUCAUCCUUAUUUCUGUAUUUAUUAAAUGGACUCUUGUUAGUGUCGUCUGAACUCCCGGGAUUAGCUAACGGCCAUCGUUGAACGACACCUCCCGAGCAAAAUGGCGACAGCAGCGGAGGAGGAGGCCAACCGACCGUUCGCCGGGCUGUCGGACGUCUCCAUCUCGGAGGACAUCCCGGUGGAGGGGGACAUCUCGGUCCCCGUCGGCCCUUCCGCCCGGCGGGACGACGAGUUCUCCACGCUGGACGAGCCCGUGAAGGAGACCGUCCUGCGGGACCUGCGCGCGGUGGGGAAGAAGUUCGUCCACGUCCUGUACCCGAAGCGGAGCACCGCGCUGCUGCGGGACUGGGACCUGUGGGGCCCGCUGCUGCUCUGCGUGACGCUGGCGCUGCUGCUGCAGGGCGGCGCGGCCGACAGCGACUACCAGGGGGGCCCGCAGUUUGCUGAGGUCUUCGUCAUCGUCUGGUUUGGCUCCAUCAUCAUCACCAUCAACUCCAAGCUGCUGGGCGGCACCAUCUCCUUCUUCCAGAGCCUGUGUGUGUUGGGAUACUGCAUCCUGCCUCUGACGGUGGCCAUGGCCGUGUGCCGGAUCGUCCUCGUCGCCGGCUCGGGGUCCGUCAGCUUCGCCGUGCGGCUGGUGGUGGUGACGGCGUCCUUCGGCUGGUCCACCUUCGCCUCCACGGCCUUCCUCGCCGACAGCCAGCCGGCCAACCGCAAGGCGCUGGUGGUGUACCCGGUGUUCCUCUUCUACUUCGUGAUCGGGUGGAUGGUGCUGACGUUCUCGCCGUCACAGUAGAAGAGAAACGAAAAGGAAAGUGUUUGUUCAACGGACAAAAAAAAGACUGGGGAGGUUUCUUUUUGUUUUGUUUUUGUGGAGUGAAAGAACUCCGAUAAACACCGGUUUCUGCCUUGGAAUGAAGACGAAUGACUACUGAAGUGACUGAGUGUUUCUGGGCCUCCGAUGGAGCAUUUAGACUCAUGGGAGACACACAAAACAAAUGUUUUCAGGCAAAGCAAGGGCUCCGACUCGGAGCCAGAGAAGUCCGCUGGACGCUGUGCUGCAGAUGAAAAAUUAAGAAGCUCAUGAAUAUGUUGCAUAGGCUUGUAAAUAUAAAUGCUCUAUGAAUGUUUCAACUAACAGGGCUUUAAAUAUUAUUCUCAUUAUAUUCCUCCGGGUAUGUUAGAAACCUCAUAGUGUCUUCAUGACACUCUUUAUUAAAACAUCCUCAGCUUUUCAUUCUCCCGUUGUCGUCGAUGCUUUCAUGCAGCUCGACUGUUGGUGAGCAACUCCGGCAAAAUCUGGUUCUACUUUUCCUUUUGCAGCAAGUUUCUUUUUGUAUUUUGGGGCGUAUUUUAGUUUUUUUUUUAGUGGACGGGUGUGACUGGUGUUGUUGGCGUGCAACAAAGUUCUCCCGUCGGACUCCGGCUCGGUUCCUUGAACCCCUCCCUCUGGCCACCAGUUAGAUUAGCUUAGCACAGAGACUGUGAACAGCUAGCACGGCUCUUAGCACCGUAGCAACACCUCUGAAUCUCUAAAUAAUGAACACCUUGUGUGUUGUUUGAUUGAAACCUUUAUGAAUCGGGUAAUCACCCGAAGGGGUGGACACUGAGCUCCAUCUUCUCAUCAGUCUCUCAGGAAGAAAGGGAAGAAAUGUCAAACUCUUUCUUUCAGAGUAUCGUCUGAAACUGACACUUGGGAGUGCGUGUAGUUCUGUUUAAACUUCUGUGUGUUUGCACAGGCGGUCGUGUCCACACAUGUUCUUCGGUGGGUAAAUUCUUUAGCACUCUUGGUCAGAAGGUGAAUUUUAUGUCACGCAGAUGGAUGCACGGACACUAAUUUGGAUUUAGGAAGUAAAAACAAAGUAGUAACCGAGUCUGAUUAUCAGGCGAUUUCCUGUCGCACGCCGGCGGUCUUCUGUUCAAGCGCAACUUCCAUUAAUUUUUUUGUCUGGGUCAUUGCAUUGUGGGAGAUGAGAAAAGAAAGAAGCUCAAACAGCGUUAAAGAAGUCAGAAGAUUUAGGAGAGUUAUGAGACGCAUUUAAAAACAGACUAGAUUAGUUUGUCUUUUUCUGGAGGAUAACAACAAACGUCUCAACGUGGUUUUUAGCCGACAUCCCUCCAGAAUUUAAGAGUAUUUAAGAGCUUCUUAACCCUGGAGGGAGAAAUGAGCUCUGGGGGAACCAGAGAAAGGACUUCCCCCUCCGUGUUCAACCCCCAGCCCAACGCUCACAUUCUGUUCUCAUGCAGACUUUAACGCUUCCUGCAGAGUUUGGAACGGCAUUCUGGGAAAUGUAAGACAUCCCCAACUGAUGUCGAAGAGGAUGCAGCAGGUUCAUGAAGAAAGGAAAUUGUAACACUCAUUAUAAAAGAUUAGAUGAUAUCAUGAUUUUGUUUGUAAACGUCAAAGUGAUGUGAAUCACAUUCUGAUACUUCCUCUGCGUGACGACCUUUGACCCCUGCUCGGUCGACAUAACCUGUUCUUUGUGUUCUCUCGCAUCACUGGGGCUUUCUUUGUUGAAUUCCUUUAAUUUAUAUGUAUUAGGUUGCAUCAACAAAUGAGAAAGAUUAAAAUAUAUUUCAUCAACUGUGA